AUGCAAAAGUUUGGCGACAAGCUCCAGUCGAUGGGCAUCAAUGGCGAACACCAACCACCGGCGAGCGGGAGGAGUCAGAACGACCUGUUCUUCGAGACUUCCCCUGUCGACGCCCAACGUGCGAGGGCCCCGCACAAGUCGAUCUGCCGCUCACCGAACCCAACCCUCUUGACGGCUAGCCCGGCGAGCGGAAGAAAUGUCUUGACCAUAUGA